ACUAGCUGGGCAACACUGCAUUUCAUUCGGUAAGAACUUUUUUGAAUAAAGCAGUAUGUGAUAGAUUUUUAACCGGGCCACCUACCCACUAGCCUAGCGAGCCACCCCACCAUCAAUGACAUUCGAGCCAACACGCAGAAAACACAACAACAGAACGACAAUGACGCAAAAUAAUCGCCGACGCUCUAAUAGCAAUAAUCGUCACCGAACGCAGGGGCCCACGACGGGGUCCUGUGUUAGUAAGGCCGCCUGGACGACGACGCCUCGGUGUAACCAGCAUCACCGCAGUUUCUCUUGUUCGCCUCGACAAACCGGUACGGACAUUAAGAGUUUGCCUCUCCAAGAGGAAUGGGACAAGUACCACCCUCACUCGUCAAGGUUCAAGAAACGAUGAGAAAUUCUCCCCUCCAAGGACCUCAUGUAAUACAUACGUUGGGGAGAAUUUCUCAGUUGAUCUUCAGCAGUAUUUUAACUUCGUGAAAUUACUGGAAAAUAAUUCCAUGGGCGGUGUGAUACACAAUAAUUUCUAUCCCCUCAAGAAACUGAAGGAGAUGACACUUUCGAUAGCCGCCAUAAGACUAGCGACAGUCCCAAACGCCGGAGGGAACUCCGUUGUUUCAGAGGUCCUGUCAUUUGAGUUGCUCCAGAGGUGCUUCAGAGCCAAACUGCUGAAGACUGAGAUGGAGGUCGACUAUUUCCCCAUGGGAGGGUCCAUCACCGAUUACGUGUGCGACAUGUUCGGACACAAGAUUGGUGUGUCCGUUACCCGAGCGAUGAGGUUCCACGGGGAGUUCACGGAGGAAGACGCCCGCCGUCUGCUGACCAAGAAACUCAAAGGUGUCGUGCAGUCAUCAAAGAACUCGAUGGAGAAAUGGGAGAAACAGAUUCUACACGUGUGGACCACCAACAAAGACACGGCAAACACUCUGAAACGUGUCUACCACACCCUAGGGAAUGACGUCACAUCCAACACAGUCGUCAUGAUAACCGUCUCGACAAACGCGAAAUACAUCUUCAGAAACAGCUGAAAUCCUAAGCAAGUUUUCACCUGGUAAAAUAAACACCUAGACGCCCACAUGUCUAGUAAUUAUGGUGCGAUCCUGGUUUGAGGAGAUUUAUCCGUUAAAAUGCAUAUUAAGCGUACAUGUACCAUACCCGUCAUGCUGUGCUCAGAUAGACUCGGGACGUCGGACCUGAUUCCACGCCGAAAGGGAAUACAGUCUUCCCAGUAUAAAGAGUCGCACCAAAGAAUGGUACACUUGUACAUGUCAAACCAGAGUUCUGCAUCGCAAACGGGUCACUUCCGGGCUUGAAAUUUUGGAGGAAGAGUCUCAGCAUAUAGUGCUUUUCUAUCGAUCAAUUAACAAAAUACUUUAAAAUUACAAUGUACCAUCGAUUGCUAUUCUAAAAUAGAAUAUGAUGUUUUUAUACUGAUCAAACAAAGACCAGUAUUUUGUAAAAAUGUGCAAUGAAUUUUAUUUCUAAAAUA